GCUUAUGCUAAUAUAGAAAAAUUAUCCACAAUAAACAGUGUAUGUGUUUACCAUAUGGCUUCUUGCACCUGUUAGUAAUUCACAAAGGUUGUGGCAAACAUUUUGACCAUCCUUUUGACUAGAGUGUAAGUUUCUUGAUGAGAUAAAUGUCUCCUCUUUUAUCUCUGUGAAACAUUGAGUGUGCUAUGGCCAUGUUUGUUCAGUAAACUGUCAGGUGCUGCACUGGUGGUAUACUAUAAGUUAAUUUUAGUUCUAUGGUUUUGAAACUUGGGAAUAUUUGAGACUGAAGGAGAGAACAGUCUGUGUUGUACCUCUAAAGUUAUUUUAAAUGUGUGCUGAGUUGAAACUUGUGGUAGUUUAGAAUUCUGCUUUCUGUUUCCAUCAUUGGUGUGAGGAUUAAGGAAGCAGCUAGAUUUAAAUCAUUCAUUUAGUUCGUCUCCUGAGACAGAAAGAAAAUUUGUCUUGUGGCUUCUUUUUACUUGUAAUUGACUUAGAAUUGGAUUGAGCAAAAUGUAAUUUGGGUCCUUUAGAUGUUAAACCUCUUGUACGACUGCUGAAACUUUCCUUUAAUAUGAUCACUCCUCUAAAACAGAUCCUUUGUUUUGUUUAGGAUCAGGGACAGUUUAGAGAAUAUUAAUAGGAUUAUAAAAAUUGCCCCCAAGCAAACAUAAGGAACAAAGAAAUAGUGGUUGCCAGAAUCUUGGUUGUUAAUGAGUGUCAUCGGAGCACAGCGGGCAUGCGGUGAAGUUGGUGUGCACUGGUUCCUUUCUCAGCACUGGCACAAUUUAGGAAAUGUUACCUCAAUGCAGCUGAAACUGUGUGCAAAUCAUGUCCUUUUAAAAAUAAAUUUAAGUUAUUUUUCUAAUGCCUUGAGAAACUUAAUAUUUAAAGGAUAUUUUUCUAAGAAAAUAAUUAUUCCCAGCUUCUAUCUGGUAAAGUAAUUUUCACUCUUUGUAUUUGUCAUUUCUUAGGUUGGCUCAGAGUCAUGGUGGACAGUUGCACUCCACUCCCCACUGGCUCCCCCCCGCCCCCAUGUGGAAUUACUCCAAAAAGUGUUUUGUAUAGUGGGGCCAUUUUUUUCAGUUCCUUUGUAGCAUGGGUAUUGGCAAUAUUCCACCUCCAAGGUUAUAGACUAACUUGGUGUGGGUAUGGGGAAUGUCUUGUCUCCCUCUUCUGCUCUUUUUUUCCCCCCAUUGAUUUCUUCUCUUUACUGACUUGUCAGCCUCUAAGAUUCCCAGGGGAGAUGUUUUUGGCCUGAAGAGGUGAACUCUUAGGGCCUUGUUGAAGAAAUGGGGAGACCCGUUCAAUCAACUUCCUGUUUGCUAAUAUCUUCAUAUCUUUAAUGCCUUAUUCCUCCAAAAUGUGCCAGUGCCUUUUGGAGGUCGGUUAAAUAAGUGAGGAGAGUUACUUAUCCAUUAGAAAGUUUUCUCUAAAAUAUGUGGCUGUAAAAGAUUUAUUAGUCUUUCAGUAACUUUAUUAGGUUAUCUUUUUAGAAUAAGUAGUUUUUGGUAAGGUCAGUACUUUCAUUUGUGUGUAUUUUGCACUGAAAUAUUAUUUUAUAAAAUGUAAAGUGGUUGUAAAUCUAGGCCCAAGGUGCUUCAUUUUCAAAGUACCCAGUGUCUUUUGUGUCUCUUUUUCUGUGGACUAUUCCUAGCAUGGCUCAGGGCUCUCUCUCGAUAGAAUUUAUUACUAAAAUUAGAAGGAGAAGUAAGAGAAAAAAAAGCUAUUGCCCUUUUAAUCAGUUUUUCCACAUUAGUAAGAUAUGUUUGAAAUCGAAAAACAUUUUGCCCAGCUGAACAAGGUUCUUUGCUUACAUACCUUCAUUCCCAGCUGUCAUCCAGAGAAAUCAAGGGAAAUUCAGGUUAGGGAUGAGUCUGUAGCUACUCUCAACUUUGCCUUCCUGUCUCUUUGUGGUAAAGGACUGUUGCAAGUAUUAUUCAAGCUCUAGAUACAUUUCUUUUUCUUCUUCUUCUUCUUCUUUUUUUUUUUUAUUUUUUUAUUUUUUAAGUGCUUUGCCUUUGAGGGCAUGCCUGUGUCACUGGCCUAGUUUGCUGUCUGUUGCAGACUCCAACAAGAAGGCUGGGACACCUUUCCCUCCCCGGAGCAGGUGGGCAGCAGUGCUCCCAUUGGCAGAGUCGCUGGGAUACACGCACACCUCCCUGCCAUUGGUUCUCAGGGUUGAUGACACGCAGAAGCAUGCUCUCUCGGACCUCCCCGGCGCCACCUGCCACGCAGAAUGUCGCUGAGUGAGACCGCGGUGUUCGCGUACGAGUCCUCGGUGCACAGCGCCCACUUGCUGCUCAGCCUGGACGAGCAGCGCCGCAAGGACGUGCUGUGCGACGUCACGGUAGUGGUGGAGGGCCGGCCCUUCCGCGCCCACCGCGCCGUGCUGGCCGCCUGCAGCGGCUACUUCCACUCCAGGCUCGCGGGCCAGGGCCAGGGCCAGGAGGACGCCGGGCUGCGCAUCACUCUGCCCGAAGAGGUGACAGUUAAAGGCUUUGAACCUUUGAUUCAGUUUGCCUACACUGCGAAACUGAUUUUAAGUAAGGACAAUGUGGAUGAAGUGUACAAGUGUGUGGAAUUUUUAGGUGUACCCGAUAUUGAGGAAUCCUGCUUUCAGUUUCUCAAAUAUAAGUUUUUGGACUCCACUGCAGACCAGCCAGGAUGCCCAAGAAAAAAAUGCUUCUCGUCAUCCUGUGAGAAAACAGAUUUUAAAUGUUCCCUUUUUGACCAGAGGGAUUUAGAAAUUGAUGAGGUGGAGGAAUUCUUGGGAAAUAAAAAUGUUCAGACCCCUCACUGUAAACUCCGUGGGCAUCAAGGCAGUGCAAAAGUGUCACCUCCUCUGCAGGACAGUGCCAGUCAAACAUGUGAAUCCAUGUGCUUAGAAAAGGAUGCUGCUCUGGCUUUGCCGUCUUUAUGCCCCAAAUACCGAAAAUUCCAAAAAGCUUUCGGAACUGACAGAGUCCGUGCUGUGGAGUCCAGUGUCAAAGACGUUCAGGCUUCUUCUGUUCAGCCAAAUGAGACAUCUGAAAGUGAUUGUCUGGGAGCAAUCCAGGACUGUGCAGAUCUGCAGGUGAUUUUAAAAUGUGAAGACAGAAAAUUAGCAAUGGAACAUGAAGAAACCAAGAAAAAAGAUCCUGCUUCUCAGUGCCCAUCAGACAAAACAGAAGCGACUCCUUUCCCCCCGGCUUCUGCAGACCCUCAUGGGCUCUAUACUCUGUCUCUCUUACACACGUAUGACCAGUAUGGUGACUUGAAUUUUGCUGGGGUGCAAAACAAGACAGUGUUAACAGAAAAGCCUUUGUCAGGUUCAGAUGUUCGAGAGGAGAAAACUUUUGGUGAGAGUCAAGAUUUACAUCUGAAAUCUGACUCUGGCCCCAGGGAAGAUAGUAGUAGCCUUGCCUCGAGUGAUCUGAGCAGUGUGGAGCGAGAAGUGGCAGAACACCUAGCAAAAGGCUUCUGGAGUGACAUUUGCAGCACGGACUCUCCCUGCCAAAUGCAGUUAUCACCUGCCGUGGCCAAAGAUGGCUCAGAACAGAUCUACUCCCAGAAACGGUCUGAGUGUCCCUGGUUAGGUAUCAGGAUCAGUGAGAGCCCAGAACCUGGUCAAAGGACUUUUACAACCUUAAGUUCUGUCAAUUGCCCUUUUAUAAGUACACUUAGUGCCGAAGGCUGUUCAAGCAAUUUGGAAAUUGGAAAUGAUGAUUAUGUUUCAGAACCUCAGCAGGAACCUUGUCCCUAUGCUUGUGUGAUUAGCCUGGGAGAUGACUCUGAGACGGAUACCGAAGGAGACAGUGAACCCUGUUCAGCCAGAGAACAAGAAUGUGAGGUAAAACUGCCAUUUAAUGCGCAACGAAUAAUUUCACUCUCUCGAAAUGAUUUUCAAUCCUUGUUGAAAAUGCACAAGCUAACUCCAGAACAGCUGGAUUGCAUCCACGAUAUUCGGAGAAGAAGUAAGAACAGAAUUGCUGCGCAGCGCUGUCGCAAGAGAAAACUUGACUGCAUACAGAAUCUGGAAUCAGAAAUCGAGAAGCUGCAAAACGAAAAGGAGAGCUUGCUGAAGGAAAGGGAUCACAUUUUGUCAACUCUGGGCGAGACGAAGCAGAACCUGACCGGACUUUGCCAGCAAGUCUGCAAGGAAGCAGCUCUGAGUCCAGAGCAGAUACAGAUACUCGCCAAGUACUCGGCCUCCGACUGCCCACUUUCCUUUUUAAUUUCCGAGAAAGGAAAGAGCCCUCCUGAUGGGGAGCUCGCGUUGCCGUCGAUUCUGAGUUUACCUGAAGGGCCUGUGGCCGCCGGGGAACCAGGCCCUCGCCUCCCCAGCGCCAAGGCCAAGGCCGACGAGGCCCCCCCGGAGCAGGCCACGCCCAGGGAGCCCUGUCGCCAGGGCGGUGGCAUCUCGGAUUUCUGUCAGCAGAUGACCGACAAAUGUACUACUGAUGAGUAACCCUAUGUCCGCGUCCUUCACACCAGCUCAGUUUCUACUGAAAUUCGGACAUUGUCUUGAAAGCCUAGGACAGCCCUUGGCUCUUAGCAGUGUUGUUUCCUCCCCUCUCCUUGCUGUUAAGGGCACCUCUCUGCAGUCCACCCUUGACUUUUCCUCGGUUCCCGCAGGAGAUGCAGAAAUGACUUGCCUCCUGGAUGCCAAAAAAAUCACACGUGAAAAUGUAGAAAAGUUUCGAAAACUCAUGUUUUUAAAGAAUAAUAGCUAUAAAUAAUAACUCUAGCCAGUGUUCAGAAUAAAUGAAAACUGCAGCGUAUCCAACCACAGUUAAACAGUGUGAAGUGUCUGCAGAUAGUUUCUGUGAAGGAAGCAACCCGCAAAAGUUUAAUAAUGCGACGCUCUCACAGUGCACUGGUUUAAAAGGAAAUUUCUCCCCAGGUAACGCUGAAAGAGCUCAGGCCUGCUGAGAAGUCGGGUGUCAGCAUUGGGCUUGUUUGCGUAGAACUGCGGUGUGGAAAAGAUAAAGGAAACGCCUUGCCUGAGUCCUGGCGCUUUGCUCUUCAGCUCCUGCUGAAACCAGGAAUGGGUCGGCCCGUGUUGUGCUCCUGGGUCCCGGAAUAGUUAGGGAACAGGCAGGCGGGUGGCCUCCAGCAGGGACUUCUGUUCCUCCUCAACAUUGUAAAAGAGUUCUGGCUGCGUCAGCAGUAGAUAAGUGUCAUUUCCCUCUUUUCUUUUUUUCUCUUCAGUCUCUUCCACAUCUGGGUCCAUCAUGAUCUUUCUGUUUCCUGGCAUUCUUGUCCCUUUGGAAGAAGAAAUAGGACUCAGGGUACGGUGGCUUGAGCGCACACAUUGGCAAUACCGUCUUAUCCCCUCCUAGAAUCCUGGAGAGCUCACCAAAAUACAGGACUGUUUGCCUGCCCAGCAGAGGUCACCCACAUGAGAAAACCAGAUAUCACAGGAGAAAAAAAUUGUCUACAUUUAUCAGGAGUGGCAGUUCAUUUUUCAUCCGUUUUUGAAGCCCUAUGGUUUAUUUGUAAAAAUGCAUUAUUACUGUGCAGGUUUGUGAAAUAGGAUGAAGUUUGAUCUUGUUCCAUUGUGGGUUUAAAUUUGGAAGCCAGAUUUAAUCUUGCUCGCUUCCCCAAAUCUCGUGUAUAAGGGCACACAAAUCAUUUUGGACUUGGGCAUUUUAAAAUCAGUCUUUGUGUUUAUUCAGUCCUGCUUUAAAAUAGUUUUUUUUAUAAUCUGAGCACCUACCCUGUAACAUUUUGCAGUGGUUCUUAGCCAUUCCGCUGUUACCGACUUGUUUGGGAGUCAAAUGAAAGCUAUGGACCUCUGAACAAUGCAAAAAAAUUGCAUAUUCACAGAAACAUUUGCAGAACCUAGUUUGAAAGGAUACAAGGGAGUAAUUUAUAGUGUUUGGGUAGAAAGUACUUCAUUUCACCAAGAUCAAACAACCUGAGAGAGAGACUUUUCUAAAUGGCGUCCUGAGUCUAGUGAAGGGCUUGUGUAGUUAAUGGGGGAGCCAGCCGUCUGCCCUGCAGGAAUGGGUCUAAGCAAGUCGGCCUUUCCUGGCAGAGUGUAUGGGGACCAGACUCCAUAUUUCAGAGUAAUUUGUCAAAUGUUACCCUUUUUCUUGGUCAGGUGGUGUUAGGGAAGGUUGCUACUGUAUUUUCAGUGGUCUGUAUGUUAUCUGUUAUCGACUUAGUUGUUGUAAGAGAAAACUAGUUGGGCUUGUUUAUUUUCUAGAAGCUUUUAUAAGUACACUCAAGAAUUUGUCAGGGAGAAUGAUAAUCCUAUGAUAAUGUAUCCCAUACUACAGAAGAUUUGUGUGUGUGUGUGUGUGUGUCUGUGUGUGUAACCCCAUGUAGCUAUUUCUCUGAUACUUGUAAUUUUAAAUUUUAACUUCAAAGUAUAAAAUAAUAUAAAACCUUUUCUGGUUUACAAAUUGUAAAAUCUUAUACAAGCCAAUGGACUCCUUGAUUUCCUACCUCAGUGUACACUUGGCUGUUUGUCAUAUCCGUUCGUGUAUGUGCAAAUGUCAAGUAAUCUUUUGCUUUAAUUGCUACUGUAAAUAAUUGCUUUGAAAGAUUACUUCCUAUUUUAUGAUAAAACCUAGCUGUCUCCAGAAUUUAAAUAUGACUUCUAGAGCACUUGGUUUAAAUUUCUCUCUACAUAUAAACAGUUUAGCAUUAAGGGUUUAUUUUAAUGGUAUUCUGAUUAUUGGCCAAGUGAAAUAUUUCAUAAAAUAUUGCAUUACUUUUCAUAGCCAGCAUGUAAUACAAGGAACUACACUACCUCAUACCUACAUGAUUUUCAAGUUGUAAUCCAGAGGGACAGAGAGAGAAAAAAAAUUUUUUUAUCUUUGUCUUUUGGCCAUAAAGUGGGGAAAGUUUUUAUAUAUCGCAUAGCAUUAUACACUUACGCCUAUUUUACCAUUAACUUCUAAAGAAGGUUUUUUUUAUAAGGAAAUUUAAGUUGAUUUUUUUUUUUUUUUGAGGCUGCCGAGACAAAUGACAGGAUUAUGUGUAUACAGUGUAUAUCUUUUCCUUCAUGCAGAAUUUUGGCAAGGUGGUUUUCAGUUUGUAGAUUGCAUAUUCACAUGAUCGUUGUUCUUUAUUUUAUGAGUUAGUCUUCUCACUGCUUGAUGAUUUCUAAAAAGCUGUUAGGUCUAACUCAGUAAAAUAACCUUACCUUAAGAUUUUAUUUUUUUGUUAUUUGAAUCCUGCAGCUAUGGCAAAUAAUUUGCUGUUAAAUUGUUACAUUCAAAACAAAUAUGAUAUAAAUCUUAGUUCUCCAUCUGUACCUUUUAUCACGUAAUUUACUAUAGCUUAAUGCUUAACUAAUUUAAAAUGAGGAAUCAGACAUAUUUGAUGCAGUAGACGAUACAGGUUGCAUGUGGACACUCAGCCGCAUUAACAACUUGGGAAAAUAAUUUUAAAAUGGGCAAUGUUAUAAUGAAUUCUCAGGUGAACUUUUUUCAGUUAUGAAACAUCUAUUUUGAAUUUGUAAAUAUUUUAAGUGUUUUAUUAAGGCAUGUAAUAAACUAUUCUUUGAAACCUGUUGGGCAGAAUGAAAAUGUAAAGCCAUAAUGGUAAAAGAUGGCAUACUGAUUGUAAAAUAAACAAAUAAUAACAGCUAUUGAUUUUUUUUGUAUCUUUCAUAAUAUAAUUUUCUAACAAUGCAAUAAAACCACUAAAUUUGUAUAUCCAUAUCCGAUUAAGAUCAUGUUUCAUUAAAAGUGAACUUUCAUAGUAUUUAAUUUACACUUUCUUCUUAAUGUGCUUAUCCAAAUGUAGCAAAACUAGAAAUGUUAGAUGCUCAGUAAAACUCUCUGAAAUUGCUUCUGAUUGAA